AUGUGGCAUCGGAAGGCUCUCGCGUCCUCCGCAAAGGUCGACGAAGUACACCCGCGGACAGCGGCAACGCCUCGCGAACUGCGUGUUGCUGAAAACUCGGCCCCGGCCCCACGUUCCGCGAACACGAGAGCGGUGGCUUCCGUUGAAUCCCGACGCCGGCCGUACCAAAAUGUGUGCGAGCACGGUCAUAGCGCGGUGCAUUGUGGACGAACCUUCCGGAGCGGCCGACCUCUGAUCCUGCUACUCCCCUCGACGACGUUCCACGCGGGCCAGUCUGCGUGGGAUUGCGGCCACAAGUACCCAGCGCAACCUGGCUCCCGCCUGCUGCUCGCCGUCGCGCCCCAACCGCCGGACGUCCUCUCCGCCACCCCGCGGCUCUCCGUCCUUCACGGCUCCAUCCUCUUGAUUCCCAACGCACGGGAAAAGACGUUCCCCUCGACGUCCCUCCCGACCGUGCAUCUUCCCGCCGAGCACACCGUCAUCGUCACGCGCUGCUCCCAAUCGCGCGCCGUCUCUUCGACGCCCUCCGCCUCGACUCCCUGCGGGGACCUCUCCGCCGGGCGCAUUCAGUCGCUCUCCUGGCCCUUCAGCACCAUCUCGACGCGUCUCCGGCGCCCACGCGCGCAAGCCUCGACGCCUCACAUGACGACCCCACUCGAGUCGCCACCUCCACCUCCGGCCGCGGGCGCCUGUGAUGGCACCCCCGCUGCGACCGCACACCCGACGCGCACGCAUUCCCCGCGCGCUGGCCCGAGCGUGGCCUCUCCUGCACACCCUUGCUCCCCUCCGCGCGCGCUGCGCCUCCGCCCCGAGACCGACGCAUUGCUCGCGCUUGCCACGCUCCUCAAGCAUCUAACCGCCCUCGAAUUCGCGCGAAGCCCCUACCUGGGAGCCACCACCGCAUUCUUGCACGCGGUACAAGCCGAGCCGGACGCGGGGGAGGCGAUUCGAGCUGGGAAACGGGGUGACGUCACUGCGGCGUCUGAUCUCGACGCGUGCCCUUCUCAUCUAUACUCCAAGACCGGGACGGACGAUGUGGUUGAUCUAUUCAACCUGUUGGACAUCGGGAGUUCGCCGACGGACCGCCUCUCCGAGCUUGGGUUCCUCCUCGGAGGUGUUGGACUCAAUGGUACACCGUCUCGUCUUCGGAGCAGCGUCCCGACGACGACCAAGGAACAAGCCGGCCCCUUCGCCCUCCUCGACAUCCAUAACGCCACCGUUGGGCGGGACCUCUGCCUGGUUAUGCCUCUCGCCCAACUCAACGCCGCCUCAGAUCUGACGGAGCCCAUCGGGAUCCAGGCUACUCUGGUGUGA